UUCCCGACGGAUAUGAAGACCCUGGUCAUCGCUGUUGCCUUCGUGGCGUAUGUCGCUGUCAGUGUCAGCGGUGAUCCUGAAGCUGAUGCUGAGCCCAGCCGCUAUGGAGGCGGCUUUGGAGGCCAUGGGCUCGUGUCCUACAGACCCGUGUAUAGCAGCUACGGAUACGGACGCUGGAAGAGAAGUGCUGAGCCUGUAGCUGAGGCCGAGGCUGAGCCCGAAGCUGAUCCUUCCCGCUUCGGACACGGGUAUGGCAGCUAUGGGCACGUGUCUUUCAGGCCCGUGUACAGCAGCUACGGAUACGGACGCUGGAAGAGAAGUGCUGAGCCUGUAGCUGAGGCCGAGGCUGAGCCCGAAGCUGAUCCUUCCCGCUUCGGAUACGGGCUAUGGCAGCUAUGGGCACGUGUCCUACAGGCCCGUGUACAGCAGCUACGGUUAUGGACGCUGGAAGAGGAGUGCUGAGGCUGAGCCUGUAGCUGAGGCUGAGCCCGAGGCUGAUCCUUCCCGCUUCGGAUAUGGGUAUGGCGGCUAUGGACACGUGUCCUUCAGGCCCGUGUACAGCAGCUACGGUUACGGACGCUGGAAGAGGAGUGCUGAGGCUGAGCCCGGAUUCAGCUUCGGUCGCGGCUUCGGAGGUCACGGUCGCUUCGGAGGCUACAGGGGCUAUGGAGGCUACGGCGGGAGCUUUGGAGGACAUGGUCGUUUCCAUGGCUGAAGAAUUUUGGUUCGAGAAAGAUGAAUUAAACUGAGCAAUUUCA